AUGCCGAUGCAGCGAUUCGUCGACAACGUCCUCGCUGUUACUAAAGAGUCAGUGAAGACGAUUACUUAUGAGUGGGUGAACAAUAUAGUUAGGCUGAUUAAUGGGGCCUCAGCACUUCUGCUAGCUUUUUUGCCUGGGAAGGCUUCGAUUCUUGAAGGUAUUCAUGGUUGGGAACUCCGGCCCACAUUUCGCGGACCUAAGCUCCCACGCUGGAUGGAGAAUGGCGCUUCAUCUUUCAAUCAACUCAUUCACGAUCUUUCAGUGGAUUCUGAUACAUCUUCAAGUCAGGAUAAUUCAUCAGAUGAAGAAUAUAGUGAAGAGCAUGUUCCUGGAUCUCCAUUAUCGCAAACAUCUCGUGUUUCUAGAUCUCCCAGUUUUACCAAGCGUGAUAGGCGGCAUACAAGUUGGAUCCGAUGCAUAUUUAUGUGGCUUCUUCUCCCUUUAAAACUUUUGUUUCGGAUACCUUUCUAUCUCUGCAACUUGACAUCUUGUUGGAUCUCAAAUCCUCCUACUGCCCCAAGAAGUCCGCGGCCGUCUUACUUGCAUUCUCCCCGGAGACGUCAGUCCCUUAAGGAUCAUUUUGUUCAACGUGCAACUGAUCAAAGGCGUGGAGUUGUUGAGGAUAUACAUCUAGCAAUUGAGAUCUUCAUAGAGUCUGUAUUUGAUAUAUUUCACAGGGUGGCAAGCUGCUUUCUUUCUCCAUUAGAUACUCUUAGGUGGAUUUGUUCCCAUAUAAGUGGUCCCAGAGUUCCAGAUGUUCAAGUCUCAGUCCCAACUGCAACUCUUGCUGACAAUGAUCCGGCUCCCACUGAAAAGAAGACUACUUUCCGUAAUCCACUGAAUACAGACGCUAGAACAUGUGAAGAUGUCAUCACGGAACUUGGUUAUCCGUAUGAAUCUAUACGUGUUGUUACUGCUGAUGGAUACGUUCUUGUUCUAGAAAGGAUUCCAAGACGAGAUGCUCGCAAAGUUGUUUAUCUGCAACAUGGCAUAUUAGAUUCAUCAAUGGGUUGGGUGUCCAAUGGUGUUGUUGGAUCUCCAGCUUUUGCGGCUUUUGAUCAAGGAUAUGAUGUUUUUCUUGGGAACUUGCGUGGAUUGGUCUCAAGAGAACAUGUCGAUAAAAAUAUAUCAUCACGCCAGUACUGGUCCUACUCCGUAAAUGAGCAUGGAACUGAGGAUAUUCCAGCUAUUAUAGAGAAAAUUCAUGAGCUAAAAGUUUCUGAAUUGAAAUCUACACAAUCUGAUCAGGAAGGAGAAGGGACUGACGAGCAGCCUUACAAACUCUGUGCAAUCUGCCAUAGCCUCGGAGGGGCUUCCAUAUUAAUGUAUGUGGUAACACAGAGGAUGAAACAGAAGUCCCACAGGCUUUCGAGGAUGAUCUUAUUGUCACCUGCUGGCUUCCAUCAUGAUUCCACGUUUGUCUUCACAUUGGUGGAGCGCCUAUUCUUUAUGUUCGCCCCCAUCUUGGCACCUUUGGUUCCAGCCUUUUACAUUCCUACUCGUUUUUUUCGUAUGCUUUUAAACAAACUAGCUCGGGACUUCCAUAACUUACCAGCAGUGGGUGGACUUGUUCAAACACUUAUGAGCUACUUUGUUGGUGGGGACAGUUCAAACUGGGUGGGUGUAUUGGGCUUACCUCACUACAACAUGAAUGACAUGCCAGGUGUCUCAUUUCGUGUGGCUCUUCAUCUAGCACAACUGAAGCGCACUAAGAGAUUUAGAAUGUUUGAUUACGGGAAAGCAUCUGUCAAUAUGAAGGUUUAUGGUUCACCAGAACCGAUAGACGUGGGAGAGAACUAUGGGCUGAUCGACAUUCCUGUUGAUCUUGUCGCUGGGAAGAAGGACAAAGUGAUCCGGCCCUCAAUGAUAAGAAAGCAUUACAAGUUGAUGAAAGAUUCAGGAGUCGAAGUGUCAUACAAGGAGUUUGAGUACGCGCAUUUGGACUUCACAUUUUCUCACCAUGAAGAACUCUUGGCUUAUGUAAUGUCUCGACUGUUGUUGGUUGAACCCUAUCCUAAGAAGCUACACACUCAGAAGUCACUGAAACAGAGGAAAAAAGGGGGAACAAAGGAGCAACAGAAUGCAUUGAAACCACCAUCGUUUCCCGCCGCUCGUUUUACACACACGUCCUUUGGGUUUAACCCAGUUGUUUUCGCUGAUUCUGAUAGAGUAAGUAGGAAUUUGUUUCUCACGAAAUUCAGCCUGCUUCUUUCGCCUAAUCGAUAUUCGAUUCCGUGGUCGGAGAAUCCGUCUGUUGAAGCUGAUAACGCCGGCGCCGUGGAGCCGCAGCUUCUACAGGUGAAGUCGCCAUCGCUGCUGCACCGUCUUUUUCCGAGCUCCGACUGGGCUAGCGCUUCCACAGCUUUCUUUUUCUCUCCUUCCGGCUCCGAAGUUUCAAUGACCUUUUGGGAAAGUAGUUCAACUUUUCAAAGUUGCUUGUGCUUUUGGUUAAAUAUUUGCUUAAAAGUGUCUGGCAUAUCCAUAUACUAUUGUUUGGGUAUGGGUUUAGAAGAAGAAGUGAUUGAUAGGGUCGGGAAUAAAGACACCAAGUCCAAGGAGAAGUCUAAGAAACAUAAGACGGAUGCAGUGCGUGGUGACGUGAUUUGUGAGCCUGGAAACGUUGGCGCAGAUAGGGUGUUUGAUGAUGGUACAGGGUUUGAGAAUGAAAGUGGUGAAAGAGGAGAUAUCGAGAAGAAGAAGAAGAAUAAGAAGAAGAAAAAGUUUAAACAUAUUUUAGAAACUCAGGAAAAUGACGGUGACACCAAGAGGGUUGAAAAUGACAGUAAGAAAGAGUACGAGGUUCAUGAGCAAAAGAAACAUGAUGUGAAUGCUAUAAAGAAAGUUAAAAAGAAGAAACGGAAGGAGAGUGAUAAGUGUGGAAGCUCUGAUAGUCCUUUGCAAGAGAAAAGUUUUGAGGAUCUCGAGGGUAGAAGCACAACUGGGGAACAUAAUAUUGAGUUGCAAGAUGGAUCAGGUGCUAUAGCAGUGGGGCUGGAAUCAUAUAGAAUUGAUGUCUCAUCGGAACAUAAGAAGACAAAGAAAAAGAGGAAAACAUCCAAGAGCAACUUAGAUUUGGGUGAACCAUUAGGUGACAGCCAUGACCUGGAAAGUGGCGAGAAAAUGGUAAGGAGGAAGAAGAGGAAGAGAGAGAAGGAUCAGAGUAUAGGUUCUGAAGGUGAAGGCCAAGAGCAUGAGUUGAACUAUCUAGAUAGUAAACGACAGUCCAAUGUUGCGGAGAGGGAUAGUAAUGAGACCCUGAAAGGAACAAAUGUUGGAGUAAUUUCAGAGGAUGAUGUCGUCAUGAAGGAUAAGAAGAGGAAGAAAAAGUGUAAAAAAAGAAAGGGCGACUUAGGUUCAGGUGCUGAUACAACCAUGGACAGCCAUUUGAAUGAUGAUGAAACUGAAGGCAGGCAGGACGAGGCCAACUCUGUUGAGAAUGAAUCUGAAGAUCCUAAAACUAGAAAAUGCAAGAAGAAGGUAAGAUUUUCAGGAGAGGAUGAACUUUUCGCUUUGCCUGAGGAGGAACUAGUUCGAGGUAAGCGGUUCUCUGAAGAAGAAGAUGAAAUGGUGAGAGCAGCUGUAUAUAAUUAUAUAGAGGCCCAUGACUUAGGUGACGAAGGCCUAGAUAUGGUCUUGCAUUGCAGGUCAAAUCCCAAAACUAGGAAUUGCUGGGAGGAAAUAGCAGCUGCCGUACCACAUAGGCCCCGGAGUUCGGUUUAUUUUCGUGCUCAUGUUUUGUUUCAAAGGGAUGAAAAGCGUAAAUGGACUAAGGAAGAAAUGGAACAACUACAAGAGCUCCAUAAGAAGCAUGGAAACAAGUGGAAGGCUUUGGCUGAUGAACUUGGGAAAUAUAGAUAUCAUGUUAAGGAUGCCUGGCGCAAUAUAAGACAUGAAAGUAUGAAGCAUGGGAAGUGGUCGCAGGACGAGUACCAGUCUCUAUUUGAUUUAGUCAAUCUUGAUUUGAGAAUGAAGUAUUUUGAAGAGAAACAUUCCAAGUAUGGGAUGCUGCGGGAUAAUAUUCCUUGGACUGCAAUCAGCGAUAAGUUGACGACUCGAGUGGAGCCAGCUUGUUGUUACAAAUGGUACUAUAGCUUAUCCUCACCUAUGGUAGGGGAAAAGAUUUGGCUUGAUUCUGAUGAUUACCGCAUGCUAGAUGCUCUUUACCAGUUGGAUGCCACUUGCUAUGAGGACGUCGACUGGGACAAUCUUCUCGAACACAGGUCUGGUGAUGUAUGUCAGAGGCGUUGGAAGGAGAUGGUUCGGUAUAUUGGUGACAGUAAGAAGAAGCCAUUUCCUGAUCAAGUGGAGGUUCUAGCCAAACGAUAUUGUCCAGAGUUGCUUGACGCUAGAGAAAACUGGGAAAACAAACCUUACGUCUCAUAG